GAGGAUGAGUAAUAAUGACAUUUAUACCCGGAAAAGCUUUUAAAAAAAACUAUAAACACAAAUUCCGCAGCUUUAUUAAAACCAGCGUGGGUUUGAAAGCACAACCGGACUGUUUUUAUCAUUAUUUUUUCUAUUGUUAUUUUAGUGCUGGCAAGACCUUCUCUCCCCGUGAUCUGCACACCGUCAGAAGUUCAUUCAAACGUCAGAUAAGAAGACUUCCUCAAUCACACGCGCAGCUCGCGCUAUUCACACUACUCCGUAUACUGUCGCGUUAUUGCAAUGGCGAGAGACUGAUACAGUGAUUAAUCGACCACUUUGGAGAAAGGUCAGCCUUUAAAUCAGUUGCCGAUGGGACAUUAUUUUCUGUAUUGUCAAAAACCAACGGGACCGUUAUUUAAGAACUUCCUCAAAUAGGCGGUGCAUCGUGCCUAAAGGAGCAUGGAGGGCAUUUGUUUCGAGGUCAAACCCAGAGAUGACCCAAUCAAAGAUCAUCCUCUCUGUGCCCAUACACAAUCACUUCCUGGAUCAGAGGAUAAGAGGAAGAAAGAGGAAGGGGGAGAGGAGAUUCAGUACAGGCUAAAUCUGGUUGGAUCUUUGGCCAUCCAUCCACAGACCACCAUGGCCAUGCUCCCCUGGGUGGUGGCUGAGAUUCGGAGGCCCCGGCCGGGGGAGAACAACAGAAACCAUGAAUUCAAUGGCCCUCACUCUCCAGAGUCCAAGGUUCGAGAUCAGCCUGUGGUACUGCAGAUUUCAGCCGAUUCAGUGUGCUGUAUUCUGGACACGGCAGGACCGGGGAAGCCAUGGGACCCAUUGCAGCAUAUGGUUCUGUUUGAUCACAGGCCACAUCGAAUCACCAAACUCAUUCACAACAGCCAGGAGCCCAGCUAUUUUGGCUGUCUGCUCAGAGAGGAGAAGAAAGCAGCCUGCUAUGUAUUCCGCUGCCAGGACCAGCUAAAGGUUCCAGAGAUCAUCAGCACUCUCAGACAGGCUGGCAAAAGUUCUGCCCGACAGGAAGACACUCCCUCAUCUCUGCCUAGCAAUGGUCAGCCAGAUGCCUACUGCUCCACAGCAGCCGAUGCAGCAACAGCCUUUGCUAAGAAGUUUGAGGUGUUGUUCUGUGGGCGAGUGGUGGUGGCCCACAAGAAAGCACCACCCGCACUGAUAGAUGAAUGUAUUGAGAAGUUUGGACGUGUCAGCGUCACAGGAACACUUGCAGCGGGCAUCAGGCGGGCAUUCUCGCUCAAUCAGAUGGCCAAUGGAACAAACGAGGGAGCAGAUGGAGGUGGAAAACGACCUCUGUUUUUCAAACGAGAUCAGAGUUUUCCGUUUCUGCAGGCAUUGGAUGAGAACGGCCUAUCACCGGAGCUCCAGCGACGAGCAGCAGACGGGGCCACCGGGGUCCAACCCACUAGCCUCCAGGAGAACAGAACCAUGCUGUUCACGAUUGGGCGCUCUCAGAUCUUUCUCGUCAGUCCCGACACUAAGAAAGUGGCCAUAGAGAAGAGCUUCAGAGAGAUUUCCUUCUGUUCUCAGGGUAUUCGUCACGUAGACCAUUUUGGCUUCAUAUGCAGGGAGUCGGUGGAAUGUGGAGGCUGCCAGUUUGUUUGCUAUGUUUUCCAGUGUGCUAAUGAAGCUCUGGUGGAUGAGAUCAUGUUGACUUUAAAGCAGGCGUUCUCUGUGGCCGCCCUCCAGCAGAACAGUAGGACCCAGAGUCAGCAGUGUGACAGCUGUCCCCUGCAGCAGCUGCACAAACUGUGUGACAGAAUAGAGGGUCUACAUCCAUCCAAAGCUAAGUUGGAACUGCAGAAGCAUUUGGCAGGUCUGGAUAAUCAGGAGCAGGCAGCUGUGUUUGAGAGCACCAUGAAAGCCAGGCCUAAGUCGGAUCAGGAAGAGAAUGAGUUGGUUGUGGCAUGUCUAAGACGACUGUAUGAGGACAGACAAAAGACACACACACACAACGGACAAACAAAAAAAGAGGUUGCUGUUAAUGUUGAUAGCAGUGUGAGUUCCAGUCGUGUGCGUCUGGAAGAGUUCAAGACUAGAGCAAAAAGGUCCCUCACUGAAUCACUGGAAGGGAUCUGGAAGGGCGGCAACAAGUCCAAAUCCCAGAGGGAGAACAAUGAAGGAGAGAGCAACUCCUCCAGCUCCACCACACUGAACAGCACAUAUCAGGAAACAUCACUGGUGGAGCCCCUCUGCUCUCUCCUAACCUCCAGUCCACUCCGCUCUCACAAUUCCACAGGGGAUCUGAAGCGUCUAGAAGACUCAGCGAGAGGUCAGGAGGAUCCUGAGAGCCCGCCUCAGGGUUUCAGGAGACGUGCAAGCACAAUUAGUCACUCCCCCAUGCUGUUGUCCUCUGAGCCAAACCUCCCUCCUCUUCAACCUACUGCCGCCACCAAGCCCAAACUGGUCCGACACUACUCCGUCAGCACAGACUCUCCACACCAGAGCAAUCCUUCCUCCCCUCUGGCUUCUUCCUCUCCCGUGUGUCAGCGGCCGUUGAGGCCUCAUACUUUUGCUCUUGAUCUUUCCACCCGGCCCCUCAAGCGGAGUCCAUCAGGGCUGAGUGGCUUUAGAGCGAGAUUACACUCCUCCUCCUCUGUUCCAAAUUUCCUCAAAUUUCUGGCCCCUGUAGUGGAGAGUGAUGAUACCUGUGACUCUCAGAGGAAGAGUGAUGUGGCAGCCCUGUCCAGUCCUGGUGCAAUGUGUGUCGUUGGGGAUGACAGUCCGUUACGUAGCCGUAGACACUCCUGGAGACAACAGAUCUUCUUAAGAGUCGCCACACCACAGAAAGGCUCAGACACCAAAGAAUCCAGCUUAGAGGUUGGCAGCAGAAUGGCGCUGGGAGGUGGAGUGGGGACCGGGGACAGCACCCUGGGGGCAGUGCCAGAGGAGAGGAGAAAGAAGAGUGGUGCAGAGCUAAGAGAAUUAUGGAGGAAAGCCAUUCUUCAACAGAUCCUCCUGCUGCGGAUGGAGAAGGAGAAUCAGAAACUACAAGCUUCAGAGAGUGAUCUGCAGUGCAGACGACAGAAGCUGGACUAUGAAGAGAUCACUCCAUGUCUGAAAGAUGUCACUCUGGUCUGGGAGAGAAUGCUCACCACCGCUGGGAGGUCAAAGGUCAGAUUCGACACAGAGGAGAUCCACACAGCUGUGGGACAAGGUGUUCCUCGUCAGCAUCGAGGAGAGAUCUGGAAGUUUCUUUCAGAGCAGUAUUUGCUGAGGCAGGAAGUGCCCAGCGCCAAACCUCCUAACAAUGACACUCCUUACAAAGAACUUCUGAAGCAGCUCACAUCUCAACAGCAUGCCAUCCUCAUAGACUUGGGACGUACAUUUCCCACUCAUCCGUAUUUCAGCACUCAGCUGGGGGCUGGCCAGCUGUCCCUCUAUAAUCUACUGAAGGCAUAUUCUCUACUGGACCCAGAGGUGGGUUACUGCCAGGGCUUGAGUUUUGUGGCCGGCGUGUUGCUGCUCCACAUGUGUGAGGAGGACGCAUUCCACAUGCUCAAAUUCCUCAUGUAUGAGAUGGGGCUGCGGAAACAGUACAGACCUGAUAUGAUCAUACUACAGAUUCAGAUGUAUCAGCUGUCUCGUCUGUUGCACGACUAUCACAGAGAUCUGCACACUCAUCUGGAACAGUACGAGAUCGGGCCCAGUCUGUACGCUGCUCCUUGGUUCCUCACUGCCUUUGCCUCACAUUUCCCACUUGGAUUCGUGGCUCGAGUGUUCGAUAUGCUGUUCCUUCAGGGAUCAGAGGUCAUCUUCAAGGUUGCCUUGAGUCUUCUUGGCAGCCACAAGCCUCUAAUUCUCCAGCAUGACAAUUUAGAGUCAAUUGUCGAGUUCAUCAAAACAACUUUACCCAAUCUGGGCCUCGUGCAAAUGGAAAAAACAAUCAAUCAGGUGUCGGAGAUGGAUAUCAGUAAGCAGCUGCAGGCCUAUGAGGUGGAAUAUCAUGUUCUUCAGGACGAGCUCUUGGAUGGUCCCUCCACUCUCAGCCAAUCACAGCGAGUUGCCCAGUUGGAGAAGACCAAUGGAAGCCUCCGACAGCAAAACUUAGACCUCCUAGAGGAGCUACAGGUUGCCCACGCUAAAAUCAGAUUUCUGGAGACUCGUGUGGACGGCCUGGUGAAUCGAGAGUCUGAGCUACAGUCGGAGGUAAAGACUCUCCAGCAGGAACAGACCGAGCUGCAGCAGACUGUAUCCAAACUCAGAGAUCUCCUCAGGAGUCUGGGUAUAAACAGCCCCUCCCCUGACCAGGACAACCUCACCGACACAAGCAACAACCAAUAACUGUGCCAGUGAGGAUGCAGAGUCUAGUCUUUAUAAACACUCAACUGUCAUCACCAGUUCUGCUGUCAAGCUCCUCCUGUAAAUAUCACCUCUGUCAUAAUCCUAGGACGGGGUAGGGUUUUUUCAGGGCACUGUAGUUUCUUUACCUGAGAAGAUCUUGGAGAUAUGAUCUUGGUCUUUCUCAUUAGAACUGAUCAAACAUUAGAAACAAAGAUCAAAACAUUAAACAGCUCAAAAGAAUAGCUGAGAUGCCUCCCUUUCUGGUUCUUACAGCUAUCAUGACUGGCUUUUACUUUAUGGACAGAGAAGUUUUGGGUCACUGUUUUUUAAUAGACACUCCCUGCUGUUGUUUUGGUGUUUUUAAAAUUGCAAUGAUGCCAACAAACCUCUCUAAGGUAGAUUUGAUUGGCAUUUAGACAUUAGAUUGACAGUUCCCCAAGCAAGCACUGAACAGCCCAUUGAAAGGCUACGGAUCAAUGCACUUUUGCUGUGCAGUGUAAUGUUUGCACCCUGUUCUUAUUUCGUGUGAAUGUUUGUGUGUGUGUGCAUGUAUGUAUGUGGCAAUCAACCAUUAUAUUCCAGUGCAAUAUAAACAAACAAAAAAAAGACAACCCUCCAGUACACUGUAAACCCGCACAAUCUUCUGUUCUAAAAGAAACCAAAGAGGAGCUUCAUAUCUGAGUGCACUUCCAUAAUCAGAGAAAUCUUUUUUUUUUUUCUUCUUCUUCUUGAGGCUCAGACAGAAUGCAGCUGAUUGACACAUUUCCCAAAAUAGCAUUAACACGAUUCAAGCUACAUACGGUCCCUUUCAUUGUUACACACGAAUGCAAAACUUCACAUAUAAGCUCAGUAUCCAUCAAUUUGUAUGUGCGUUUUGGAUAAUUUGGAUUUUGAGGUUUCCAGCGAUGCGUUUUUAGCUACUUGGCUGCACUGCUGUUAAUGUGGUACCCGAAAACCAAAGACCUUAUUUUUAAUCCUUCUCUGCAACAAACUGUCAGGUGCUUUUAUGUGUGUUAGUGCGUUUGUCUGAGCACACUGUACGCAAAUGUCUGUUUUAAAUUAGUUGUCACCUCUGUAUUUGAGCGUGAAAUAUUUUGGCAGGUGGAAAUACAUUGGAAAAAGGGUUGUGAGUGAAUGAGGAAAGAACAGAUCAUCUUGCUUCAUUUGCGUGACAAUAAGCCCUUACCCUUUGACCUCUUGUGCUUUUCUGGAGAAUUCCAUUUGUGUUUCUCAGUGUUGGAAAGACAAGGACAGACACUGUUAAAACAUCAUUCUUGAUGAAGUGCUUUAUUUUUAUUGGUUUUUAUUGAGAGUAUUAUUCUUAUUAUAUGCAUUAAAAUACAUUUUAAAUUGUUUGA